CGGCAGGUGAGGGCAGCGGGCACGGAGGCUGGAAGCACGAGGUGGAAAUCACUGGCAGUUCUCGGCCCUCUUCUCCCGUCGAGUCUGGCCCGGGUGAUGUCGGGUGGAGGCGAGGAAGAGGCAGCAUCUGGACGCUGGGAGAGAGCGGCGCUGAGGGCCGGAGAAAGCGAUCUCGGCGUCGGUGGACGGAGCCCCUUUAUUUUGCUGAAAGGCCCUUUCUGCUGCGGAGUCUCUAGUGUCCCGCUUGGGCCCGGCGUGAAGCUCAGAUAUACGUGUUCACGGCAAGUGCGAGGAUCCUCCUACUCUCGGUUCCCUUUUUAGGCGUAGCAGGAGUUGGUGAUUGUUGAAUGAAUGAGCACGCUGAAAGUGAAUAAACUUAAUUGAGAAUGUCUGAAAACUUGAACAAAUCCAGUAUAAAUGAAGCAGGAAAAUCAAAAUCAAAUGAUUCUGAGCAAGGCCUUGAAGAUGCUGCAGAAGGCUCUGAUGAAGCUUCACGGGAAAAAAUAAAGUCGGGCUCUCCUAGCGCCCAAAGAGUGCAAAGACCUCACUCCAGUCCUCCUCGUUUUGUGACAGUAGAAGAACUCCUAGAGACAGCAAAAGGAGUCACUAACAUGGUUCUAGCCCAUGAAAUUGUAGUAAAUGGAGACUUCCGGAUUAAACCUGUUGAAUUACCAGAAGACAGUUUGGAGAAGAGAGUAAAGGAGAUUGUACAUAAAGCGUUUUGGGAUUGCUUGAGUGUCCAGCUCAGUGAAGACCCCCCGACAUAUGACCAUGCCAUAAAACUUGUUGGAGAGAUCAAAGAGACUCUCUUAUCUUUCUUGCUGCCUGGUCACAGUAGACUGAGAAACCAGAUUACAGAAGUUUUGGAUCUGGAGCUGAUAAAGCAGGAGGCGGAGAAUGGGGCCCUAGACAUUUCCAAGCUGGCGGAAUUUGUCAUUGGUAUGAUGGGGACACUGUGUGCACCUGCUCGAGAUGAGGAAGUUAGGAAACUAAAGGACAUUAAGGAAAUAGUGCCCCUUUUCAGGGCAAUUUUUUCUGUGUUAGACCUAAUGAAAGUGGACAUGGCGAACUUUGCUGUCAGUAGCAUUAGGCCACAUCUCAUGCAGCAGUCAGUUGAAUAUGAAAGGAAGAAGUUUCAAGAGCUUUUGGAGAAGCAGCCAAAUUCCCUGGACUUCGUCACCCAGUGGUUGGAAGAAGCUGCAGAGGACCUUAUGAAUCAGAGGUAUAAAAAUGCCCUGCCAGCUGAGGGAGGGGCUGCUGGCUCAGGGGACAGUCUCCUGCCAAAUCCCGCUGCCGUCCAGAAUUACGCGUACCUGAGGCUUCUGAGAUGGGACCACCUCCGGAGACCGUUCCCUGAGACAGUUUUGAUGGACCAGUCCCGCUUCCAAGAGCUCCAGCUCCAGCUGGAGCAGGUGGCCAUCCUGGGGGCCGUGUUGCUGGUCACGUUCAGCAUGGCAGCCUCGGGAAUUUCCAGCCAGGCCAGCUUUGCUGAGAAACUCAAGAUGAUCGUGAAGAUCCUGCUGACAGAUCUGCAUCUGCCCUCCUUCCACCUCAGGGAUGCCCUGACCACCAUCGGGGAGAAGGUCUGCCAGGAGGUGAGCAGCCGCCUUUCCCUGUGUGGAUUCGCUCCCUUUACCACGGACAAGGAGACCGUGCUCAAGGGCCAGAUCCAGGCUGUGGCCAAUCCCGAUGACCCCAUCCGCAGGAUCAUGGAUUCCCGAAUCCUGGCCUUCUUAGAAAGCUGCCUUGCCUCGGGUCAUCAGAAGCCACUGCCCACGGUACCUGGGGGACUGGGUCCCGUCCAAAAAGAGCUGGAGGAAGUUGCUAUUAAAUUCGUUCGCUUGGUCAACUAUAACAAGAUGGUCUUCAGUCCCUACUAUGAUGCAGUCCUCACUCUCCUGCUCCCCCCGAAGACAAAAUGUCCUGUGGCAUGUAAAGUAUCCUUCAGAAUUUGAGUGGUUCUAUUUACUAUAUGCAGAUCAGAUUUGACAUGAUUUCCUGCCCAACGUGUUUGUGGAAACAGUGUCAGAACCACAAUAAGAUGUCUUACCGGUUAAAUGAAGUAGACAGGUGUGUAAGAACUUCUUCUCUGUGAAGAAAAGUUACUAAUAAGUUUGACAUAUUACUCCUGUAAGCUGCAGCUACUGUCUGACAAUUCUAAAGGGGCGAUUCAGAAAUUCUGUUUUUGUGGCAGUGCUUGCUUUCAUUUCUCCAAGCCUUCAAGUGUCUGGAAGUACAGAGGGCUGCUGCCCCCAGUUUUCUUGGUGAAUUUCCAGCAAUCGUUUGGCCUGCCCUGACUUGUAUGUAUAACAUUUGUACUUCUUAAUUUUGGGGCAGCACGGUAGAGUGGAAAGAUGGGGGCUGUCAAGAAACCAGUGCUCUGAUCCCAUUACUAUUACAUACUAGCUGGGGCUAAUCGGGACUCACUCCCAACACCUAUAAAGGAAAAGGACUAGACUUGACCUUUAAGCCCCUUUCUAGUUGUGAUGUUCUGUGGUACAUCUGACUUGAGAAACUUAAUAGACUGCAGUAGGAUUGUGCACAAAGCUCCCGAUUUAGAGGAAGAUCUGGAUUUGAGUCUUUCCUCUGUUGCCUUCUUACUGGUUUCAUGAUAUUGAUUGGCUAGUCAAUCUCCCUAGGGCCUCAGUAUUUUCGUCUAUAAAAUGGCAACAUUCACUAGCUCACACUUUCUGUGAGCAUUAAAUUUGAUAACGGUUAUAAGAAUGCUUUGUACGUGGAAAAGGACUAUAAAUUGCUUUAUCAACAACAACAGAGAGCAUAUAACCCUCUACCUGUAGGUGCACGUCGAUUAUUGUGAGAGGUCCCACUGUUGGUGCUCAACCUCCUUUUAGGCAAGUCCAUUCAUAGGCCUGUAGGGAGCUCUUCCUUCCCUGUCCCAGGAUGUAUUCUCUGUCACCAUCUCUCUGCUAGAGCUGCAGUCUUACCUUUUCUUAUCGCCAACGUCCACAUUCACUCCAGUGAUUUCUCCCCAUCGCCACCUCUAUGUUAUUAUUUGAAUGAAUGAAUGGACGACAAUGGAUGGUGGGCUGUGAUACUCAUUUAAAGGCAUUAUCUUAUUGAAAAUAUAAUCUACCUAAAGAACUACAAAGUGUUUGCAAUUGUGAAUUUAAACUGGAUUUUGUAUUAUUGAACUAUUUCUAAUAGGUAGCCUUUCAUUCAUAGUAUUUAGAGAAACUGAAGGGCAAAGCCUUUGAGCCCAAUAAGUUAUGUUAACCUAUUAAAUGUUCACAGAUAGUUUCAGAAAUAGUCCUAGAAAAUAAGCAUUAGAAACUUUAACAGGCACAAUUUUGCUUAAAACUGCCGCUAGUAUGAGUUUCUGCUAUACCUGAUUAUAUUGCCUUCUUUCUUUCUUUCUUUUUUUUUUUUUUUUAUCCUCAGAAAACGGUAGAUUCACCACCACACAUUAUAUUGCCUUCUGAACCUAAGAACUAGAGCUGUCUACAGGCCUGGUCUGAUGGAGUGUCAUUUAGGGUUUUUUUUAAAUAUAUUUUAUUGAUUAUGCUAUUACAAUUGUCCCAUUUCCCCCUUUUUAAUCGCCACCCCCCUACAUCUCCCUCCCACCUGCAUUCCCCCCUCCCCCGCACUUAGUUCAUGUCUAUGGGUCAUACAUACAAGUUCUUUGACUUCUCCAUAUCCUAUAAUAUUCGUAACUUUCCACUGUCUACUUUGUACCUACCAGUUAUGCUUCUUACUCCCUGUACCUUCCCCACCAUUCUCCCCCCUACCUCUCCCUGCUGAUAACCCUCCAC